CAAAUGUCAAAUUUCGUUUGAAGACGAAGUGAAAUAUUAGAAAGACUAUAAAAUUUGUUAAAUAAAUGACUGAAAAAAUACUUUAAAUAUUAGUUAGCUUAUCUUACUAACUGUACAACUAUAUUAGAUUGCUACUGAUCAAAAAUCUAUUAAAAUAUGGCCCAGUUUAACUACCUCAAUGAGCUAAACAGUUUAGCUACAAUAGAUGGGCCCAUAACUCGUGGGCCACUUCAACGAUGGGUGAAAAAAAGUAAUAAUGAAAACGUGAAUCCUUCAUUAAGUACAUCGUUAAAGAAUAUAUCAAAUCUAAAUAUAAGUUCGUGUAAUCAAUCGAUGCAGAAGUUGUCGAUAUCUAGUAAUCAAAGUUAUACCACUAAUGUAUUAUCGAGCAACAAAACCCCGCCUAGAAAUGAAAAUAAAAAGGGUAAGAAAACUCCAUCAAAAAAUAAAUCUCCCGGCCGAUCAACAACUCCAACGCCAAAUAAAGCUGGAAAGACACCUAACAAAGCUGAUAGAUUCAUUCCUUCAAGAAGUAACUCUAACUAUGAAUUGUGCCAUUACAUGUUAAGCAGAGAUGAUGACAAAGGUGAAGAAAUCACUCAAAAAGCAGCAAGUGAAGCCAUUGGACGUGCCUUAACAGACACAGAACCAGGACGGCUGUUACAAUAUACUUGCAAAGCCCCAGCUGCCCCCGAGGGCUAUCAAAACAGACUCAGAGUUGUGUACUCACAGGCCAAAGUUCCCUCUUCCGUUAAAAAUACUACCAGAUACAUUCCACAAGCUCCGGACAGAAUUUUGGACGCUCCGGAUAUUCUGGAUGAUUAUUAUCUUAAUUUAGUUGACUGGAGUGCAUCUAAUAUACUAGCUGUAGCCUUAGGUAACUCAGUAUAUUUAUGGAAUGCUGGCACAGGACAGAUAGAACAAUUACUGACGCUAGAAGGAUCAGAGACAGUAUGCUCAGUUGCGUGGGUACAAGGAGGUGGCUCUCAUUUAGCUGUUGGUACAUCUUCUGCUACAGUAGAGUUAUGGGAUUGCGAGAGGAUAAAAAGACUGAGGAUAAUGGACGGGCACAGCGGACGCGUGGGCUCGCUCGCCUGGAACCUGUACGUGGUGUCGAGCGGCGCGCGCGACGGCACCAUCGUGCACCACGACGUGCGCCAGCGCGACCACGCCGUCGCCUCCGUCGCCGCGCACACGCAGGAGAUUUGUGGUCUAAAAUGGUCUCCUGAUGGUAAAUAUUUAGCAUCAGGAGGUAAUGACAAUCUGCUGAACAUCUGGCCUAUUUCACAAGGACAACACUACUCACAGCCACAGUAUUUAUAUUCAUUCAAUCAACACUUAGCUGCAGUGAAAGGUCUAGCGUGGUGUCCGUGGAGUUCAGGUAUCCUGGCGUCGGGCGGCGGCACCGCUGACAGAACUAUACGCAUCUGGAAUGUUAACACUGGUACUAAUAUCAACACAGUCGACACAAAUUCUCAGGUGUGCUCGAUCGUGUGGAGCACGCAUUACCGCGAGCUGGUGUCGGGGCACGGCUACGCGCAGAACCAGCUCGUGCUCUGGAAGUACCCGGCGCUGGCGCGCGUGGCCGAGCUCACCGGGCACGUGGCGCGCGUGCUGCACCUGGCGCUGUCGCCCGACGGCACCACCGUGCUCUCGGCCGGCGCCGACGAGACGCUGCGCCUCUGGAAAUGCUUCAUGCUGGAUCCAUCUAAGAAAAAGGAACCAACUGAUUCGAAGGCUGCAAAAUCUCUACUUAACAUGAACAAUUUAAUUAGAUAA